CGGUUCUGCUCUCACCCUUGACCAGACCAGACCGCUCACAAUCAACGCGUGCAUACGCCUCCACUGCAAAGCUUAGUGCACAUGUUCCAAAGCACGCCAUCAAUCCACAGUCCACACUCCACUGCUAAGGAGAAAGACCGUCUCUUCCCCUUCGGACGAAACGGCGCUCUCCUCCAUAGCUUGGAGCUUCCUCUUGCCGAAUGUAAGCCUCUCUCUUUCUCUACAUUUUUCUCGCAUGUUGGAUCCUCACUCCGGUCAAUCCUUCAGCUGGGCGCGCAAAUUCGCCGGGGAUCUAUGGAGGAACAAAAGAAACCGGCGGACCAGCAGAACAAGAGGCAGCGGGUUUCCGAGAACGCCGAGAGCAGCAACAAGAAGCCGAGCCACAUGAACGGACUAAAAGUUCAUUUGGGUCAGCCCGUUGGAGUUUCCCCUAAUCCAGGAGUCACGGGGACAAGGCCGUUGGCCUCGCCCAGUCCGUUUGCCAAGGCGAAGCCAAUCGCUGUGGUGAAGCCAGCGGCCGCUACGGUGACAGUAACCGGUCCAGUGGACACCAUGGCACCGGCAUCGGCGGCGCCCAGUCCGGUUGCCAAGGCGAAGCCAACGGCCGCUACAGUGACAGUAACCGGUCCGGUGGACACCAUGGCACCGGCAUCGGCGGCGCGCAUUCCGGUUGCCAAGGCGAAGCCAACGGCCGCUAUGGUGACAGUAACCGGUCCAGUGGCCACCAUGGCACCGGUAUCGGCGGCGCCCAAUCCGGUUGCCAAGGCGAAGCCAACGGCCGCUACGGUGACAGUAAGCGGUCCAGUGGCCACCAUGUCUCCGGUACAGGCGGCGCCCAAUCCGGUUGCCAUGAAGACGCCCACGCCGGCGGCGCCAAGUCCAGUGGUCACCAUGGCACCGGCAGCGCCCAGUCCAGUGGCCACCAUGACACUAGCACAGGUGGCGCCCAGUCCGGUGGCCACGAAGACGCCGGCGUCGGCCGAGCCCAGUGUAGUGACAACGAAGACACCGGCGGUGGCGGCUUCCAUCCCAGUUGCUUCGGCGACGCCGGCCACCCUGGUGAACCCACCGGCCACGGUGAAGCGUGAGCCGGAACUCGGAGGGGUGCUGGAAUUCGACGAACAAGUAGCAGCAGCCAUGAUAGCCGUGACACCAGCGGAAGAGGAAACCGUCAUCUUAGAGGUGAAGAAGAAAUGGCUUCACUGCGCCGCGUGCCCCGCGCCCCUCAAGCGUCCCGUAUUCAAGUGCGGGGAUGGACAUGUCGUGUGCUCCGACUGCGGCUGCGGCGGCGGAGCGAACAAGCACUGUGAUUUGUGCGGCCGCGCCACCACCUACACCCACGUCCCCUACAUGGACGGCCUGGUCGGUGCCUACAAGGUGCCGUGCCCCUACAGGAAUCUCGGCUGCGCGAGGUACAUCGCCUACCACUCGGCCGCGGACCACCAGGCCAAGUGCGCGCACGCGCCCUGCUACUGCUUCGAGUGCGCGUUCCAGGGCUCCACCGCUAGCCUCCUGCGCCACCUCACGGAGGUGUCCGGCCGGCAUUGUUGGCCCAUGGAGAAGAUCAAGUACCAGAUCUCCCACCCGCUCGUCGUGCCGGCGUCGGAGCACCGCCUUCUGCUAGUGGCGGAGGAGGACGGCGGCGUGUUCCUCCUGGCCGUGGGUGCGGGGAGGGGAAGGGCCGGCGUCUGCCCCGUCACCGUCGUGUGCGUCAGGGGAAAUGUCCACGCCGACGCAAGGCCGGUGUACACAGGCGUGCUCUGGGUGGAUGGCCCUCCGGCCGCCGCAGGCCAUCUCAGGAGCAGCAUCCAGCUGAAAGGCGACGUGGCGAACUGCAGAGUCCCCGGCGACGUGGACAUGGAGCACGGGCGCCUCCAUGCGCAUGUCAAUCCGGAGAUGCUGCACGGGGAGUCCAAAGAGAUUCAUCUGGGCAUUUGCAUUACCAAGUUCUGGUGAAUUAGCUAGCCCCGGGUUAGCUUGAACGAAUCACUGCAGACUGUAUUUUGGCUGGGUUACGUUUGUGCUACCUGUCCAUUUCCUGUGGCUUCAUACAUAACCAUGGUUUAUGCGCGUUCACUAAUUAGCUUCGGAUGAUUCGCCUUCGAGUAAAAUGUGUUGAAGUGCCUAAAA